AUGUCCAGUAUACAGAGCAGUUCUCGACAGCAAGUCGAAAGCCUCGAACAAACAAUAGACCCCACAUCUCCGCUUCUAAAACUGGCUAACAAUCUAAAUUUUAUGCAGGUCAACCUACAACGCUCAAAAGCAGCCACGUUAAAUGCAAUUCAGGCAAUGACACAACUCCAAGCAGAUGUAGGCCUUCUACAAGAACCUUACACUUUAAAUGGAUAUAUACCAGGAAUCCCAACACUCUUCAAAGUAUUCCUGUCCGCAAACUGCCUAGCAGCUAUAAUUUAUAAAGGCCCACUAACACCAGUCCAUAAGAAAACUACAGAUCACACAGUCACUGUGCUACUCGAGUCAGCUGCAACCUCACUUGAAAUUACGUCUAUCUACUUCCCGCCCAGAGCUUAUAUGGCAACAUCACUAGCAGAAUUAGAAACUGGGCUAACAACUCAACCCACACAUAGAAUAAUAGGAGGAGACUUUAAUGCAACCAGCCCACAAUGGGGAGCACACUUGGAAACUCCACAAGCAAGAAUAGUGCAAGAAUUUGUAAUGUCUUAUAACCUGACUAUUCUCAAUGACCCAGAGUCAAAGCCAACAUUCUGUACCACACGGGCACAAGGCUGGCCCAAUUUAACAAUUGCAUCAGCUAAUACAGCAGCAUUAAUACAGAACUGGGAAGUCAGCGACUUACCAUCUGUCAGUGAUCACCGCAUUAUCACAUUUCAGCUGGGAACCUCGUAUACCUACUUCAUAAAACGUCGCUACAAAACAUGCCAUGGUGGGCAUGAAGCAUUCAGAAUUCAACUCCAACCGCACAUAGCAAGUCUUGAAGCAAACUUAGAUAAUUGUCAAAGCCCAGAGCAACUUGAUUAUCAUUACAAUCAACUUGUGCAACACUUAACAAAAGCUUGCGAUAAUACCUUUCGCAAGAAGGCCAUAUUUGCAACCAAAAGCCUUUCUUGGUGGACUCCUACACUAAAUGCAGAACGUAGCAAAAUCCAGGCUUUGUGCAGCAGAAAGCACAAGCAACAACAGAGCAGCCACUUAGAAGUCAACGCAUGCUGGAAUUUUGCAAAGGCCAGGGCGCAAUACAAUUAUAUGCAAGUACAACAUUACGGCAGCAAAACUCUCUUCUUGGAUGCACUACUGUUCCACAGCGACGAAAACUUAUAUUGUAGUGCAGAAAAUAGCCUGCGACAAAGUAUUUCGAUCAACAAUGCUGACAGCCUCACUCCUACCUUCUGCUAA